CCGCCCGGCCUGCUCCGCCAGGCACAUGCGCAGUGGCGACGCGACCGGCGCCCUGUCUCCUCCUCCGCCGCCUCCCGGUUCCGCAGUCACUUCCUGCAGCUGUUUCCCUGUGGGUCGGCUUGGACUGACUUUUGACAGUCAGCCUUCAGCCGUGGAGGGGCUCGGCCGCGGCGGGCAGAGAAAGUUGCAGGGGAAGAGAGGCGGGCGCAGCGGGCCGGGCCGGCGCGCAGGCGGGCGGCGGCUAGAGGCAGCGGACGCGUCCCGGUUCCGAUUUGAAGAUUCGACUUCUCAUUGCCCACUGGACUAUGCACAAGACUUUUCUACCCAAUGAUCCUCUUGCAACACGCUGGGCUUCCUCCACCUAAGCAGCCUUCAUACUCUCCUCCUAUGUCAGUGGCCACCAGGUCUACAGGAACCUUGCAGCUUCCACAACAGAAGCCUUUUGUGCAGGAGGCUUCCUUGCCUCUGGCAGGAGAAGAAGAGUCACCUAAGGCAGGGGAGCAAGACUCUGCCCUGGAGGAGCUAUGUAAGCCCCUAUACUGCAAACUCUGUAAUGUCACCUUGAACUCAGCACAGCAAGCCCAGGCUCAUUAUCAGGGAUAUAAUCCUGUGAGCAAUAAACAAAACAUGAUGAAAAAGGGUAAAAAUCAUGGUAAGAAACUCCGAAACUACUAUGCAGCAAAUAGCUGUCCUCCUCCUGCCAGAAUGAGCAAUGCCGUGGAGCCUGCAGCUGCUCCUGUCGUUUCAGUCCCUGCACAGAUGGGCUCCUUUAAGCCAGGAGGCAGAGUGAUCCUGGCCACAGAGAAUGACUACUGUAAGCUCUGCGACGCCUCCUUCAGUUCCCCUGCAGUGGCUCAGGCUCACUAUCAAGGGAAGAAUCAUGCUAAGAGGCUGCGGCUGGCUGAAGCUCAGAGUAACUCAUUCUCGGACUCAUCAGAGGUGGGUCAACGGCGGGCCCGGAAAGAAGGGAAUGAAUUUAAGAUGAUGCCAAAUAGGAGAAAUAUGUACACAGUACAGAAUAAUUCAGCAGGUCCUUACUUCAAUCCUCGCUCUCGGCAGAGAAUUCCACGUGAUCUAGCUAUGUGUGUUACUCCGAGUGGCCAGUUUUACUGCUCAAUGUGUAAUGUUGGGGCAGGUGAAGAGGUGGAAUUCCGGCAGCAUUUAGAGAGCAAGCAACACAAAAGCAAGGUGUCUGAACAGCGGUACAGGAAUGAGAUGGAGAACCUGGGUUAUGUAUAAUGGUUAUCAUAUUCAGCUAGAGCAGCUUGUCCUGCCUGUUUGCCUUCUGUCUACUUGCCCUGCUUUGUGGUCCUUUUGAUAUGAGUACAUUCCUCUGCUUGAUGUUAAUACGUGUACCCUGCAGUGGUACCAUGAGAUGUCAAAACUCGGGGAUGGGGGGAGGGAGGCGUGCUUCUUAGGUCCUAACACUUUUUUUGGGUCAACUGUGUUGAGCUCUGUAUAGCAUGUGACCUACCUACCCCAUCAGAAGUAACAUUUUAUCUUGGCCAAGUCCUGGUUGACUUAGAGAUAAGACUAUUUAAAAAUUUCAUCUUCUUUUGCAAUUUUAGUUUUAUGUACUGCUAGAUAAAAGGAUAGUGUUGGAUUCUUAUUUCAAAUCACAUUAAAAGCUGAGAUUUGUUUCUUAAGGGUUCACUGGAAUUGUCACCUCAACACAGUCGGUAGGAUCUAGCAUCACAGUCUGUGUUAAGGUCUCUCCAGUACAUUGUUCCCCAUAUCAUGCCCCCAUCACUGAAAUGCAAGUUUUCUUGGAUUCACACCCUUUCAGGGUGCUUGUAUUCUUCCAGAGAGCUAAACUUCAUUUCCAGUUGUGGCUUUCACACAUUUAAUUGCCACCUCCUCCUUUCCCCCAACCUCAAAGUUGAAUCAUCUUGUCUGAUAGGCUUAUUUUCAUGCGCUAGCUGUGCUAUGGGUUUUCCAACCCAUGGAUUUAGACACAUGAGUUUAAGAUGGGCAUGGUUUUAAAAAGAAUAUUUUCCCUCUGAUAUGGGAAACAUAAAGAUGUGUUUGCUGUUUCAAUGUAGAGUUUUGUCUUCAUUGAUCUGAGUGGAACAUACAAUUUAUGAUAGUUUUAACGAUAACUUAAGAUCUCUUGAUAUUUUCUUUUGGCAGAAGUUUUUAGAUAAACUAGUCCUUACACUAUAUUAUUUUCUGUUCUGUCAGUUUGUUAGCUGUCCUGAAAAAAACCAUUAACACCAUUACCUGCUGUUUCAUAGAGAAGGAUUUUUUUAAAAGCUGGUUAAGUUUCAAUAUCACCAUUCCCAGUAGAAAAUUGUUUCUGCUUUUAAAAUAAGAAGCCACAGUGUAUAUCUAGAUUUCCAAUGGAGUAUUAUGUGAAGUUUUAUUAACUACAUUUUUAUCUAUUUACUAUAUUUUGCUUUACAUGGAGAAGAUAGGUGCUCAUUCAUGCUUCUUUUGAAAGAUCAGGUUCACCAGGAAGUUUAUAGUGAGCAGUAUGUUUGUAUGUUGGCAAAUGCUUAUGUGAUUGCUUAUGUUACUGAUUAAAACUCUUGGUAACUUUGAGAAUUGUAUAGGCAAAUAGGUAGAAAGGUAUAAUCAUCAUUGAGUUUUGGUAGUACGUUGGAGCAAUUUCUAAUAGUGUAGACCUAUAAUUAAAAAUCAGUUUCUGUUAAGGUGGUUGUUUAUUGAAAAGUAGAAUUAUUUGGUAAAUUUUUUCUCCCAGAAACAGAAGAGUGAAGUAAUUUUCUGUUUAGAUUCUAUCUGGACCUAUAAAUCUUAUUAUAAUAUUUCUUUUUUGUAGUAGUUGAGGCUAUAAAGUAUAGUUAAUUAGUUUAGGGCAAUUUAAGACUUGUCUUAUUGGCCAGUAGGUUGCUCAUUUUGCUGCUAAAUGUAAUUUUUGGUAGAUGUUAAUAUAGUGCUGGUUUUAUGAUAUUUAAAAAUCUCAUUUCUUCUCUGUAGGUGUGUGUAUACCUAUCGCACAUGCCCCUCCCCCUAAAAUUUCAUGUGAUUCCCUGGAGAGAAUUUCACUGAAUCCUUAUUCCAGAUAACAUUAAAGAUUGUGUAUAUGAAUUUAUGUUUUGUGAAAGCAGCAUUCAUCUACUUUCAGUUUUUCCUUUGGAAAUGAAAUUAAACAGUGUGUUUCCCUGCCCUCUCCACUUAACAGUUUCAAUAUAUGUGUACAAAAAGCAGUGGACUUAAGGGCUUGAUGUUUUUUCAGGCCUUGUGUAUUCAGGUUUCCAGUUUCCCAGUGCCCUUAAUGGAUGUUAUGAAUGCAUAAACGCAUUUUCUUUUAAAGAAAGAAGUUAGAUUUAUAGUGUUAUUUCUUACUUGCUAUAUUUCUUUGCACUAAGAAAGAACUAUGUGUUUGUUUUAUAUGACACUUUAGUACCAUAUUGCCUACAGUGAUUUGAUUUCUUAAUUUCUAAAUUCUAGUUGAUAAAUAUCUUCCAUGAUCAUGUAUAGAGCUUUCAUGCACAUCUGAAAAACAUCACAAAUCUCUAUGGUAGCAGGUUGUGUUUUGGGCUAGUUACAUUGCAGUAUUCUCUUGUUCCAUAGGUGAGACAAAAGGUGUCAGAAGUUGCCAUCACUGCAUGGAAUAAUUUCUUGUAUUGACGCAUUUUGUGUAGACAGUGUUUCUUCCCUUUGUCGUUGCCCCUGAAUUAGUGAUAUGUGAUUGCUGUUGGUUUCAUUUUGUGAUGUCCAGUCCUGCUCUGUAACAUGCUUUAGGAUCUGUACCCUGUGUUCAUCAGAAAUCAUGCAUCUUUUUAUAUGCCAUAUACAAGGAUGGAUAGAGGCCCAAACAAAGAAAGACCUUUAGUUAAAAAAAGAUUUCAGUAAUCAUCUGUAAGAAUGCAUAGCAUCAAAGUCUCUUUUUUCUGUGCAUAUCUUUGUGUACAUUGCCAUUAAAAAAUUAAUAUUAGAAGAUAAACUCUUCUAAGAUAUUAAGAGUGAAAGGUUAUGAAGGAAAAUUUCCAUGUUUCAAUUAAGAUUGAAUUGCAUAUGCCUUUAAAGUUUUUUUUAAAGUUUAGUUAUAAAAUGGAGUGUGUCCUGUAGUCCUUUGACUUCACACUGAAUAGAAAAUACUUUGUUGGCCUUGUCUUUGUAUAUCAUGUCAUGCAACUUGUAAAUAUGUGCAUGUUGUUUAUUAUGUGUAUCUGCUUGUCUUUUAUUGCACUGAAUUCUGUAAGGUGAAUAUUUUUUUUUAUCAUUCAUUUUGAAAAAGUCCCCUACCACACUCUCAUUAUUUUCCCUUUUAAUUAAUUUCUAAACUUAGAAAACCAUAGGAUUUUUGAAACCCUGAGUGUGAAUGAAGAGUCAGGGCUGAGAUCAUCAUGUCCCAUGAAUAGGCUAAUGGGAAGCACUAGGGUCUUCCAUCUCACUUUACAAAGUUCUGCAGAACCAUGUGCUUGUUUAUGGCUACUGAGCUACAAACUGAACAAGAAGGAAAGGAGGAGUAUAUAUACAUAUAUAUGUGUGUACACACACCUGUAUAUGUAUAUAUGUACAUAGCUGGUUAAAUCUUCCUCUGCAGAUGGAUUCUAAGGAUUAGCAGCAGGAUUUAUGAUUUCUCACGCCUUUGUUGUCUGGUACUGUGAACAAUGACAGUUUGAGGAUUGUCCAUUGACCUAUGUAAAAUGAGUCUUGUUUGAGACAGGGGAGACAUGUGAGGAACAGUGUGACACAGUAUUCUCUGCAGAGAGGCCUAAAGAUGGUAAAAGUUCAGAACCUAACUUUGUUCUGUAAUGUCAGAACUUAGGCUGGAAGUACUCAAGAAUUGGUGAGGCUUGUGCUAAGUCAACAGACAAUAAUACUAAUUUCUUUAGAAAUAAGUAGAGAAGCGAUUUGUUAGGCUAGGCAAAAAUUUUGAACAGGUGUUUAAAAAAUUCCACCUUACCACCUAUUUUUUUUCUUACCAGACAAGUCACUGUGUUCAGGUGUUCCAUGUAUAAUAAAAAGUGUUUCAUUGCUGUUUUUGUGUUCUUGGUGGGGGAAUUCCUACCAUUGUUAGCUGUUAUUAUCAGUGUAGCUGAAUGGACAAAUAGCUGUGUAAAUAGCUUCUCAUAAUAGGUCUUAGAUGUUUUCUUCCCAUUUUGAAUGGGGGGAUCAUUUGUAAAUUCCCUUUCUGGGUAGCUACCAAAAAAAGUACUGGCUUAUGGUCCUGUGUGACCCUGUGUCUGUCAAGCCCAGAAUAUGAGUGCCUUUAGCAAGUAUUAGCAUUUCACAGAGAAGGGAUGACAGAAUUAUUGCUAUUAAUCAUGGUUCAUAAAAUAGGAGCUUGGAAUAGCAAAAGUCUAUGUGAAUUCUGUUCUACACUUUUUUUUUCAGUCUCAAUUUGAUAUUAAAUAAAACUUAAUCAGGAAACAUAUACCCUGAACAUAAAUCCAGGUGUCUCAGGCUGGCAGUAGUCACCUUGAAGUGCUACAUUUAUAUUUAGUGAACGGUAGUGUGGUGUAUUAGCAGAGCUUGACACUGAUGUUUUAAUAAAUUCUUUAUUCCAGUGUCUUUUUCCAACUCGUCUUUUUCUAGAGAGGAGAGAAUGACAUAUUUGCAAAUAAAGUAUGUUAUGAACCUGGCUGGCAUAAUAAUUAUUAAUUGUGUUAAUUCAUCUCUGCUUUACACAUCAAGUUUGAGGCCUUUAUAACAAAAAUUUCCCUUACUUCACUUAAUUUAAACUUGUAAAUUGCCUGAGUGGCUAGAAUCUUCAAAGUACACUGCUAAACUUAUUUUGUUAUAGAAAUACUAACAUUUUCUCAUGAAAAAUUUUAAACAUAUGUCAAACUAGAAAACACUUUAGGACAUACCCACCACUACACUCCACCAUCAACAUUUUACCACACUUACAUUUCCCCAUAUCUACCUGUCCCUCACUCGAUUUCAUCUGUCAGUCCAUCCAGAUGGGCAUUGUAGUGUAAAUGUCAGACAAAGCACUUCCCCUAGGUGCAUUAACCAAGGUUUAUUAUUGAUUUAAAUAUUAAUAUCUUUUUGAAAGCAGUGUAUGAAGUUGAUACCCUGAGCCAAUUAACAUACUUCUUUUUUCUCCUGUGGACUCCAGUCUUCCAGUUUCUGUUCUUGUGUGUAGUUAGAAUGAAGGAAGACAGCUCCUUUUUCAAACUGAAAUUUUCUAGAGUUGGUUAUUUUUAAAUGUUUAAUUGUCAUCAAUGUUAAAAUUUCACGAUAAGAGUUUUUUUCUCUUUACCCGUCUUCUGCCGGUGGUAUUUUGCUGAACUAUGCAGCUUCUUCAGAAAACUGUAAAUUAUAGAUUGGGGUUUAUGAAAUCAGUUUAUACCUCAUUUCACCAAUUGCUGCUUUUCCUCUUGUUGUCACUGCUGUCAGCUGCUCUACCAGUAGGUAGAGGGAGGAAAGGGUCAAACCCAUGUAUAAUGAGCUGUUUUAAACAACUUGAGAACGGUUUAAGUAGAUUAGAAAGUUCAAACUAUUAAUUUAUCAAGGGAAUUUGAUUUGGAUUGAGUAUUGUAAUUACCCAUGCUUCCUCUAGAUGUUAAUUAGAAAAAUUUUAAAUGAUUGUACUGUACAAUGAAUUGUUGAAAUUGUGAGCCUUAGUAACUAUAUUUAGCUUUACUCCAAUAAUGUUUAGAAUUUUUUUGAUAUAUGCCUUUAUUUUUAUGUUCACUUUUUGUGGAUAAAUCUGCAGAAUUUAAGCUACUUACUUCAGGUCAUGAAGAUGCAAUGGGUAAAAUUGAAUCAGAAAUGAAAUUUAAAUGUUCCUGAUUUAUAUUCUUGUGCUCAUUGGAUAUAGUUCUUGGUUUCUGAAAUAACUGAAUGCUUCCUUUGGGCCCUUAAAAGGAAGAUAUGUAUUUUUACUAAUUAGAUGUUUAUUUUUAGACAUUUCAUGGUAUUCUCAUGGCCAUAGUAUGUAAGCCCAUCGCAAUCGCUGAACUCUCACUGCACUGUUAAAUACCAACUAAUAAUGCAGAGUUUAUCAGAUUUUUUUUAACCUUUAAAUGGCCUUCAUGAUUCUCUCAUAACUCUAUGUGAAUGCUGAAGUGACCCCCUCACUAGUGAAAAUAAAUGUUCUAUAUCACUGGUUAUUUGUGUACUCUUUACAUGACCUAUUUUUUUUUUUAAGGAAAAGUAACUCCAUGUUUCAGAAUGAGUGAUAUUAUCCUAGGACAAAGCAUAUAUAGUUUAUUUCUAUGCUGCACAUCUGGCAUUUUUGGGAACGAAACUCUUUUCGGAGUGGCUGUUGUUUUGCCUUCUGUCAGUACCUGAGUACCUUCCUGUAGUUUUGUGACUCAGUGUCAUCUUGUAAGAAUUUUGUGUUGGUUCUGCAUUGUUUGGUGUUCACUUUGAGGUGCCUGUGUUGAGCAUGGGUUUGGGUGAGUGUGUUUGCUUGGAAAUGCCUUACUCUAGAGUAUGUUGGCCUGUGCUUUAAAGCAGUGCAUGCAUCUGCCGGGACCAAGUGUGUCCUCCGGAUGUGUGCUCUAGAUCUAGAAGUAAAACUGAUUUUGCUUUCCCUGUAAAGGCUGCGUUUUAAGGCAGUUACUGUCUUAAGAAUAAAAUCAUGGGAAACCAAGGGAGGCUUUAGAACCCUUCAUGAAUGGCAUGGCAACUUUUAAAACUGCUUUUGCCACUUCACAAGAGCUAUAUCUAUCUUUGCUAAAAGAUACAGUUAAAAAAUGCCAGCCCAAAUUGUAUGAAAUUGAGGUCGUUUCAUAAAAUUUUCUUUAAAUGUCACACAGGGGUUUUAGAUCUUUGUAUGCUAUUGGAGCAAUGUACCAGUCACUGUUUGGAAAUCUGUUUUUGUUCCAGGACUGCAGAAAUGACAAACGUGUCAUAGGAUUAUAACCAAUCAACUGUGAAUUGUGAAAUUGAAAUUGCUCUUUUGGUUUUGUUUUCUUCAGCAUAUUGAAUAUAGAAAUCUGAAAGUUAGUUAAAAUUUAUACUGCUUAUGUUGAUGGCUCAUUUUGGCUGUGUAUUCUCACUUAUGUACUGAUUUCGGAUAAAAGCUUGAUGUUAUUAUAACAGGCAUUUUGUGUUCAAUUUAAUAAAAGUUUCUGAGUCUUGUCUGAAAA